AUGUCAUCAUCAACUUCACAAAAAUUUCGAGAUUUUACAUCGGAGCCGUUGAAAGACAAAUAUGUAUCAGAAGUACCUGGUAUUGGACCAAAAUUAUCAAGUAAUUUAGAAGAUUCUGGAAUAACAAAAGCAUAUGAAUUACUUGGUAUUUAUUUGACAUUACUCAAAGAUAAAGAAUAUUUUGAACUAUGGAUUCGUGACAAUGCAGGUGCAAAUAGAAAUCAGGCAAGACAAACGUCCGAUGCCAUUGAGGCAUUUUGUUCACAAUUUUUAUAA